AUGGAGGGUGGGAACAGCACCGGCAGCGCUGCCUCUGCAGACAGGAGGGCCGCAGCGCGCUUCGCGGCUCCAUCCAGGACGUUCUGGAUCAUCUUGUCCGUUGCCUUGUUUUUUGCAGCUGUUGGCAUCAGCGUCGUGGGGGUUCUCAGCUUCUCCCCCAGCUCUGCCCAGGCUGGCUCUCAGCUCGUCCGGCUAACGCUCCAGGGCCAGCAAGACCCGCUGAGGAAUCAGACAGCCUUGGUGGACAAGUCCAGGAGCACCGUGACCUACUACAUAACCUCGCAGAGUAACCACACCGCCGUGGUGCUGUAUGACAGCAGGAACGGCUACGUGUGCUACAAACCUGUGGAGCAGCGAGCGUGCUACCUGAGGAGGAUGGACGCCUGGGACCUCCAGACCCUACAGACAUCUCUCAACGCGUCUGAGCAGAGGGCCGAUCAGAUGCUACGUCAGAAUAACCAGACCAAGUACUACCGGGAGUUCCUGGGCAUUCUGGCGGGGGAACAGGUGGACCCCGAAAACCUGGGGGAGGCUGUCCGGACCCUGUGCGAGCAGACAUCCAUCUUCUGGGUCAGGAGAGGGGAGGGUCCAGGGAAGCAGCGGCUGAUCUACCUGUGCAUUGACAUCUGUUUUCCAAGCAACAUUUGUGUGUCUAUCUGCUUCUAUUACCUCCCUGAGUAAGUCCUGUGGCCGCCCUCUCGCUGCUCUACAUACUUGAACUGGAUUCCUGAAAAGCCUCUGAUUUCGACAAGGAAGGUAACAUCUACAACAUCCCCCAAAAGCUUCCUGCUGAUUUCAUGCUGCAGUUCAGGAGAGAGUAGAAAAAUACCAGGACUCCGCUCAGCACUGUCAGUGCAGACACUUUAUUUGCAGCUGUGCUCCAGGGCUGCAUCGUGUACGUAGGUAUUAGGAGAUCCAGGCCUAGAGGAAUCACGUGGAGUAGCUAGUGUUUUACGGCUACAUGCCCUGCUCAACACAAGGUUAUUAAAUUUGUUGGGGGUGGUUGGCUUUAUAAGAGCGCAGCUCUCCAAGUAAGUCUGUGAAAUACACUUUGAAUAAAGGGAUUGCAAAACAAGGAAGCAGCUGCCUUUCCGCUCUUUGCUCAGCCUCUUCCAUCAUUUAGAAAAGCUGAUUUUUUUUUUUUUUUUCUUCCACUGUGGGG